AUGGGUUUCUUGCUCACCGAAAGGGGAAUAAAAGCUAAUCCAGAUAAAUGUGUAGCCAUCAUAAAUAUGAGGAGUCCAAGCAAUGUUAAAGAGGUACAGAGGUUGACGGGAAGGAUGACGGCUUUGUCUCGUUUUCUUGCUAAAAGUGGAGAUCGGGGUUUUCCCUACUUCCAAUGCUUGAAGAAAAAUGAAAAGUUUCAAUGGAUCGAUCAAUGCGAGGAAGCUUUUCAAAAGUUAAAAGAGUAUCUAGGUAAACCACCGGUAUUGUGCAAACCCGAGAAGGGCGCUGAUCUAGCGUUAUAUAUCUCGGUGACCGAGCAUGCAGUUAGUUCGGUAUUGGUACGAGAGUCUGGUGGGGAUCAGAAGCCUGUGUAUUUCGUAAGUAAGGUACUUCAUGGUGCUGAGGUAAGAUACCCGACUAUAGAGAAGGCCGCAUUGGCUAUAGUGGUGUCGGCUUGGCGUUUAAGACAUUAUUUCCAAAAUCAUAGUGUCAAGGUGAUGACAAAUUUGCCAAUCAGGUACAUACUGCAAAAACCUGAUAUAUCAGGCAGGUUGGUUAAAUGGGCAAUAGAGCUCUCGGAGUAUGGGAUACAAUAUGAAUCACGAGGGCCGAUCAAAGCUCAAUUUUUAGUUGAUUUUUUAGUAGAGUUAUCUGAACCACCUGUCGCUGAUCGGCGCGUAAAGGAGAUAUCAUGGAUUUUAUCAGUGGAUGGGGCUUCUAAUUUGAGAGGAAGCGGUGCUGGUAUAGUUUUAGAAGGACCAGAGGGAGUCUUGAUUGAACAAUCUUUGAGAUUUGCUUUCAAAGCUAGUAACAACCAAGCAGAAUAUGAAGCUUUGAUAGCAGGGAUGCUUUUAGCUAAAGAAAUGGGUAUCACUAGGUUGUUAGUCAAAAGUGAUUCCGGAUUAGUAGUAGGGCAAGUGACCGGAGAGUUCCAGGCUCGUGAUCCACAGUUAGCUAAAUAUUUAGAAGUGGUCCAAUCUAUUGCGAAAAAUUUUGUUCUCUUUGAAUUCGUGCAUGUUUCGAGAGAGCAAAAUUGCCGAGCUGAUUUGUUAUCCAAGUUGGCUAGUUGUUUGAAACCAGGGCAGCAUAAGUCGGUGAUAAGAGAAACGUUGGUAGCUCCUCGGGUAGAUACGCGGGAGAAACAUCAGGUUUCAGAUAUUUUGAUGGCUGAAAAAUCUUGGAUGACACCUUUAAGAAGCUAUCUUGCGGAUAACAAGUUACCUGAGGAUGUGAAUGAGGCUCGAGCCGAUAUACACUGA